AUGCUUCAACAGGAGAGAAUCAGCGGCGACAAACAUGACGGAGGGUCCUUCAUAUUCAAAAAGAUUGUGGUGGUUGGUGAUGGGGGAUGCGGGAAGACUUGUCUCUUGAUAAGUUAUAGUCAGGGAUAUUUUCCAGAGGUAUGAUGAUACCAGUAGUUGUGAUUAGAGCUCAAUCAAUUUGUUAUUUGGCUAACGCGUGUUUAGAAAUAUGUUCCAACUGUAUUUGAGAAUUAUAUUACCUAUCCGACACAUCAACAGACAGGAAAGACACUCGAAUUGGCGUUAUGGGAUACCGCAGGGCAGGAGGAGUACGAUCGUCUUCGUCCCCUAUCAUACCCGGAGACGGAUCUAUUAUUUGUUUGUUUCGCCAUCGAUUGCCCCAAUUCCCUCGACAAUGUUAUGGAUAAGGUGAGAUGAAUAGGGGGAAUUCGUGGCCAAUUAUCAUACUAAUCGAAUUUAUAGUGGUAUCCUGAAGUUCUACACUUUUGCCCAUAUACACCACUCAUUCUCGUCGGUUUGAAAUCGGACUUAAGAACGAAACGUACUUGUAUCGAUUUGCUCAAAACUCAAGGUCUCACACCCGUCACCACCGAACAAGGAAUGGCUGUUGCAAGAAAAAUGGGGGCUCGUUAUAUGGAGUGUAGUAGUAAAGAAAUGACCGGUGUAGAUGAAAUCUUUACAGAAGCCAUCAACACAGUUGUCGUCAACGAUCGAAGCAACCAACCAACCACUUCAUCAUCAUCAAGUGGUCCACCCGGUACACCCAAUUCCCAAGGUGUAAUCAUUCCGAAAAAGAAGAAGCGAAGUUGUCGAUUCUUGUAA